UGUCCAUCGUCUCGAUGUUAAGAGUUGGUCAGACUGUGUGCUUAGUCUUCAUGCAUCCCACCUCCUUGCAAGGCAGGAUAUUCGAUUUGCUCUCGCUGACAUACAGGAGCAGUAUGUUCUCCAAGGUGCUUCUAAUUGGCCCCUUCUUACUCGCCAUUACGUUAUGGUUGACUUAUGGAGCUGAGGGUUCGACCCUUCCAGAAGAUUUCCAUCCUAGUGCAGGUAUGGCAGACUUGACCAGUGAAGAAGGGGAGAUCUUGACCGCUUUCAGACAAUACUUGGAUUCAUCUCUCCAAAAGUAUCAAAGACAGCUUCAUACAACCUACACUCAAAAUACCUUGGAGUACAACAGACGCAAGAAACGUGAAUUACGCGUAAAUGAGGACCUAUCUUGGGAUAUCCAGCCUGAAGCGAGCUUUCCAACAAACAUCUCAAUCAUCAAAUACUUUUCGUGUGAAGGUGAUGAUUACGUCAUAGUGGGUUUCAACAAAGUUGAUGAGGGAAUAUAUGAAGUGGACGCAGAGAUCUACAAGUACAUCUCAGGAGCAUUUACUCCUAUAGGAGUAACUAUUUCAACGAAGGGUGUGACUGACAUUGAGCCAUUCCUUCUCGAAGGAGAGACAUACAUAGCGGUGGCCUGUGGUCAGUUUGGUCCCGGUGAUUAUGAAGGACUAUCGCAAAUACUGACCUUUGACCCCUCUGUGCCUUCGGUCACUCAUGUGCAGUAUAUAUUGACAUAUGGAGUGUCUGCUUUAGAAGUCUUCAUCUACGAGGGGGAUACGUACCUAGGUAUCGCAAAUAGUCGGCACGACUCCCUGUUCCGAUAUAUGGCGCCAACCAGUAUAUACAGGUUUGCGGGAGCCCAUUUUGAUGAAGUCGCGUCUGUUGAUACAGAAAGAGCAAGUGAUAUAGCUACUGCAGUGAUUGGAUUAGACUUAUACGUGGCUAUAUCUCAAUAUGGAUCCAACGGCGGCGGUUAUACUCCAGGUACUCUGUUGUACCAUAUGUAUGUGGAUACGUCAACCGAUGAAGCUGAUGUGGAAAUGAUCAAGUUACAAAUCAUGUACAGUUCAGCGCCUAAAUCUGUCACAUUCUUCGUACAAGAAGAUCACAACUACUUAGCUAUUAGCAACUAUCUUGAGGUUGUAGACGGUGCAGAGACUACACUGACAGACUCCUCCAUAUAUUGGUGGGCAACCGAUAAACAGUUUAUUGAGUAUCAAACCAUAAGCACAGAUGGCGCCAUGCACUUUGAGUAUUUAGAUAUGGAGCUUGAUCCUAACCUUCUUGUAACAGUUGACCGGACGGGACUUCAUUUCUACGAGUUCACUGACAAUGCUCAGUGGGAAGAGGCCGACACCGAUCUCUACCUCUACGAACCCUCUACCAGACUCACCGAUAUCCACAUCGAGGCAUUCACCGUGGAUGGCACUGAUUACAUCGCCACAUCUGGCGGUGUGUUCUGGACCACAGAACAUCGAAACCUGACGGAAUCAAACUGCUUUUCAUUCACACAUGUCAAUCACACAACAACAUACGUCACUAGGGUUCAUCUACCGAGCUGCUUAAAAAAACUCUCAGGGUCAACUGAAGAAGGGAUCGAAAACAUCACAAGUGUCUCCAAGACCUUGAAAGAGAGUGGCUUGAGUAAGACCAAAGAUAGCCAGGUUAUCAAUAGCAACAUUGUUAUUACAGGAACUGUGAGGCUUCCGAUCCUUCAGACCAAAACGCUUGAGGUUCAGAGUGGGCAGCCGUAUGAAGUAGAUCCUGAGCUGAUUCGAGCUAUUGGAAACAAUGGAAAUAAUUCUCGAUCGCUGCGAGCUCAUCCUCCAAGCUUUGUUACUAAAUCUACAGUGCAGACUAUCCCAGGCUCGAUUACAAUAAGUGCCAGACAGACGGUUGUAAGCGGUGAAGCCGAAGCCGAUUCGUUCACAUCACAGGAUGAUUUGAUCAAUGAUGACAUAGACCUAUCAUACGUUGAUGAUAAUGCCUUACGAUUUACCGGCUCGCAGACAAUGACGGGUCAGGUGGAUUUUACUGAUGACCUCACAGUAGGAACAGCUGUAACGGUAUCAGGUGAUAUCAAUUCUAUUACUGUACCAGACGACGUCAUGGAUAAAGGAUCUUCUCAAACGGUUGGUGGAUUAAAAACAUUCGAUUCUAAUGUCGAUCUUGACGCCAACGUUGAUAUCAAUGGUGAUAUUAACGGCCUGGAUUUGAACACGGAUAUUGUGGUGUCUAGUCGUAGUGCCUCCGUGGAUGGAGCCAAGACAUUCUCACAAGAAAUCAGUCUGAGUCAGCCUAUGAAUGUCUCACCAGGAAAAACCGUGGAUACAGUGGAUGUAUCCGAGUUUAGCAGUCUGGUGUUGUCUAUCACCAGCGGUGGCACUCUCUCCGGUGAUGUGGAUUUUAAUAGCGCCGUCGACAUCACGGGCGAUGUAUCUAUAGAUGGAAGCCUUAUCAACGACGUCGAUUUUACAAGUGCCUAUAACGAUGCAGUUUUUCAUGACACUAAUCAGACCAUUACAGCCUCUAAAACGUUCCUUAAUGACCUAACAAGCCAAGAUGUCGUUAUCGUUGAUGGGAAUGUCAAUGGUAUAGAUAUAUCUGAGAGUGUGUUCACCCUCUCUGGAGCACAGACCAUUGAUUCACGGUUAACAAUCGUUGAUGGCGGAGUAGAAGCUCAACAGGAUGUGAUCUUAUCUGGGACUGUGAAUGGAAUCGAUCUAUCAGAAGAGGCGGUCCUUAUCUACGUCAAUCAGACUAUCACAGGAAUGGUGAUAUUUACUAAAGACAUCAUGGUGUACGGUGAUACCAUUGUGGCUGAAGGAAAAACCGUAGAUGGCGUCGAUCUGAGUGAAUAUGCAGCAACUGCCAUCAAAAUCAUCGAUGAACCGCAGUCCAUGGCUGGCCAGAAAACAUUCACUAACAAUGUAAUAGUAUCUGGUGACAUCACUGUAUCCGGGGACGUCAAUGGUGUUGACGUAGAAGAUCUCUAUGAUGACGUCCUAGCGAAGAGGAGAGAACAAACCUUUGAGGUGACGGUGGAAGCGACAAGUUCUAUCGAGUUCUCAGGAGCCGUUACUCUCCAGAGUACUAUUGAUGGUCAAACUAUCCCGGAUGACUUUGUCCUUCUUGCUCAAAAUGGAGACAUAGCUGGUGACAAGACUUUCUCUGAUGCAGUUUCCAUCUCUGGUGAUUUGACAAUGGCGAACACGAAAACUAUAAAUGGUGAAGAUCUCUCAGCAUUUGAUACAAACAUAUUGAAGAUCAGUGGAUCCCAGAGCCUCGCGACAGGUGGUAUUACAUUUAACACGGGUUUGUCUAUCGAUGGUGACGUCACAGUGACUGGAACGGUUAACGGGUAUACCAUACCAGAUGACUUGGUUCUACUCGCUGGAGCACAAACCAUUAAUUCAGUGGACCGCAUGGAAGACCCAUUUACUGUGGACCGCAUGGAAGACCCAUUUACUGGUCUGUUCUUUCCAUUUGGUUUAAAUGAAGGGGACGAAUUUCUACCAGCCAAUGAUGAUGGUUACACAGACGAGCUACCAAUCUCUGUCGGCUUCCCGUUCUUCGAUCACAUUCAAACUGGACUUUUUGUCAACAAUAACGGUAUCAUCUCGUUCUCGGCGGCAGUUAGUCAAUUUAACUCCGAUUCGUUUCCAGUCGCUAAUGGCAAACCCAUUAUAGCCCCAUUCUGGGCUGAUGUUGACACGCGUAAUGGCGGGACUCUAUCCUAUCGACAAGUUUUACGAUCUGCCGAAAACGACCGCAUAUUCCUAGAAGCUGAUGAAAUUAUAAGAGCAUCAUUUGUUGACAUGAGAGAUUUUUUGUCGUCAUGGAUAUUCAUCGCGACCUGGGACAGUGUUGCUCACUUUAGUUCUUCAGGUGAACUCAGGAAUUCCUUUCAAGCUGUUAUGGUGACAGAUGGCCGAUACUCCUUCGUCAUCUUUAAUUACGGUGAUAUCAACUGGGCAGCAUCAGGAGGUGGUACCCCAGCUCAGGUUGGAUUCAACGAUGGUGACGGAGUGAACUUUUAUAGUGUCCCUGGAUCUCGAACAGCUGCCGUCAUCGAUAUCGCAACGACAUCGAACAUCGGUGUAUCUGGAAGAUGGGUUUUCAGAACAGACGAUUCCAACAUUGAAGGACUAGAAGGUGCAACCUCAGCGUCUCUUACAGUCUCUACAGAUUGCAAGACUUUUACCCAUCCCAACAUCGCAGUAUCAGGAGAUAUAAACACACCAGACCUAGAUGUGACAGGGACUGUUAACACUGUUGAUGUAGAUGCUUUAUAUAGCGAUGCUGUUAUCGCUGCUACCGGGGGUGCCUGUGCUAUCAGCGGAAGCAAGACUUUCCCAAAUUUUGAAGUGGAAGGUCAAACAAUAGUCUCUGGGACGGUUGAUGGAGUCAACCUAACAAGACUCGCUGCUACUGCCGUUUAUUUGGCUGGUGCGCAGACCAUUGCUGGUGAUAAGUCUUUCUCAGCAGGGACCCAGAUCAGAGGGAAUGUAGCAGUCACAAAUCACGUUAACUCGGUUGAUUUUGCUCAGAAAGUGAGUCAAGUUAUCUACAAAGAUACGGAGGGACAGAUCCGGGGACAGAAGACAUUUUCUGCAGGGAUGGCUGUAACCGGUGAUAUGGACGUCGAUGGUCUGAUCAAUGGUGUCAAUGUUACCCUCCUUGAUCAAACAUAUCUCUCCACCCAGUAUGAACAGACCUUAGAUGGAAAGAAGACGUUCACACGAUCAUUAGCCUUGGCAAACUUGGAGUUAGCCAGUGGAAAGACACUAGACACUGUUGAUCCCAGCGAUUUCUUACUCUUGGACAGUAACGAAAACCUGAAUAAUGACGUAUCAUUCACUAAAUCUGUAAGCAUUCAAGGAAACAUUGAAGUGGAUGGACUCAUAAACACGGUAGAUAUCGAGGAGCUUGAUGAAAAGACAGUUCGGUUAUCUGGAGGCAGUCAGAGCGUCCAGGGUGUGAAAUCAUUCCCUUCUAUCACUGUGAAUAAUAAUAUCAUCAUAGAUCCUGGCCUCGUCGAUGGAGUAGACGUAUCAGAUUUGUCAGACAGGGUUCUACGCUCAACAGUAGACAAUGAUAUCAGCGUCAGGACAGUGUUUGAGGGCGCUGUCACAGUAUCAGGGAAUCUUCUAACCGAGGCACUGACAGGAGGAGUCAACCUGAUAAAUUUGUUCCAAGAUGCUGUCUUACUCGAUGAAGACGUUACGAUUGAUGGAACCGUCGUAUACGACUCGACAGCAGUAACGACAAUGGAAUCCGUGGUGUUUGAAGAUGAUCUUGAUGUGUUGGUCAAUUUAGGCCAAACAACCCUUGAAGUUCUGCUGACCACCGCUAUACGCGCAUCCACUGAUCAGAAUAUCACAGGAAAUGUUGUGUUUGAUGACGACAUGGUUCUACAGGCCUGUCUUGAUAUUGAUGGUACGACAGAUUUGAUCGACCUAUCUGAACGUGCCGUUCUGAAGAGCACAGAGCAGACUGUAUCAAGCUGUACAAGGUUUGGUACUGGUUUCCGAGUGGAUGGAGAUAUGAGCGUAGGAGGUACUGUUGAUGAUGUCAAUCUGGCUACAUUAGUCAGCUCAAGAGUUACUUACUCUACCGACCAACAGAUUACAGGUGUAUGGACAUUUGAUGACGUCACCGUAAGCGGUAAUGUAACAAUCGAUGGAACACUGAACAACAUUGAUGUGGGGGAUGAUCUCGUUACUAUAUACAAGAAUGCGGUGAUCACGGGAACGAAGUUCUUCACAGCCGACAUCGCUGUCAUCACUGAUCUCGACACCGAUGAAAUCAAUGAUGUUGAUAUCGUAGAUCUAUCCAACAUCGUGGUGCUGAAUGAAGGCACGUUUUCCAUUGAUGGUGAAAAGACUUUCCAGGCUCCCAUCUCCAUCGCAGCUAACUCUGACGUCACAGGUCUAGUGAAUUGCGUAGAUGUUGGGCUGUUAGAUGAUAAGUAUGAAAUCAAUGCAGGUGAUUUCUACAAUGUAUUAUCUCAACUGAAUGACUCCAUGAGAACCCAGUGCAUAUCAGCUAGCACCAUGCAGACAUCAAUAGGAGAACACCCUCUCCUACUCACCCACUGGGAGGAUCUCCAAGACAUCGACAAUCCUGCAACAGGGCGGUUCCACUCCAUAACCCUUGAAGAUGGAGACACACUCCUCGGACUCGCCGAAACAUACAACUCCGCCGUGGACCGUUGCAUCGGAACCCAGCUCUAUCUCUGCCCGGCCAACAGGAUGGAAUGCUUCGCCAUUCUAGAUACCCUCCUACCUGCAGCCACCGAUGUUCAUCUCUACCGCUACCAAGGCGAGACGUUCAUCGUUCUCUUACCUAGUCAACAGGUUGGACAGUGCGAAGAACAUUCAGAUGAAGAGGUGGAUACUUUGACUAUAGUGAAGCUUGAAGAUGAGGCGUUUAGUACUAGCCUGACUGCUCCGCAUGCUUCAGGUGCUACCAUGUUUGAGAUUGACGGAAGCCUGUUUCUUGCUGUGGCUAACUAUAGAGAUGCCUCAACUCAUAACACAGACAUAAACUCUACGGUGUAUGUGUACGACAACGCUCAAGGAACAUUCAAUUUUUUCCAGGACAUUCCUACACACGGGGCAUUUGCUGUUACCCACCUGUCAUGGAAAGGCAUAACGUGGUUGAGUUUUGCUAAUAAUGUUCUCGACUACAAGUCGCCCAUAUAUGUCUACGAUUCUCAAGCAAACCAGUUUGUUCUUGAUGAGAGUAGAGGCACCAAUCACGCAUCUCACUUGUCUAUGUUUGUGAUUGAUGAUGUACCGUUCAUUGCAAUAUCAAGUGAGAAGUUGAUCGAAGGUGAGAGAGAAGUCGAGUUUCAUCGAGAAAUCACCAUCUUAGCAUUCAAAGAUGGACAAUGGAAAGUGAUGGAGAGCCUUGGAUCUUACGGUAUUCUAGAUACCGCCGUGUUUGCAAUAGACAAUUUCGUGUACUUGGUUGGUGUGAGUUUAGAAGCAGGUUAUCUAUCAAUCUAUGAAUGGCAUCAUGCUGGUAUGUUUGAGCUCUAUCAAAACAUUCCAUUCAGUAACCAGUACAGCGCUCAUGCAUUUGUUCACAACCAUGAGAUCCUCAUGGCCCUGGCUAGACCAGCGUUUACAUCCAUCGAUAUCUACUCUUGGAAGUCGAAGAUCAUGAAGGCAGUAAUAAGAGGUAAAACAGAGAACACCGUGCUGAAAGCUUGGUGAUGACCGAAUCGCGAUAACUGAACAGAUCUGAUCACCAACAAAAAUUAUUUUCUUCAACUUGUCUUCAUCCUCAAACGUAUAAAAUCGAAUAUUCCUGUAUUAAAUAUUCGUAGAACAUUAUAAUGAAGGCAGGCCUAAAUUUUGCUAUAUAUAGAGAUAAUUGAGAUCAUAAUAUUUGAUAAAGAUGCCCCGUGUUGGCUGAUUUAUUCAAGAUGAAUGAAUAAAAACAUUUUUAGAGAGUCAUUCAACUAAAAUUCCAGUUUAAACUUUUGACCAAGACCUACUGGAAAUUAUUUAUUUGUUCGGCUUGACUAAGUGUUAACAUGCACAGAGUUUAUAAUAUUUUAUUCUACAGAAUAGCAUUGUAAGUUCAAAACUUCUUUCACAAUGGCCGUGAAGGCUUCCAUACUUGAUGAAACUAUUUUGAUCUAUGGUCCGCUCAUUCUGAAUUGUUCUAGGUCUUUCUGGAUGGAAAUGAUUCUCUCGGCACAUCCACGUUAAUUCAGGUUUAAAACAAAAAACAACUUUAUUGAAUCUUAAAAGCGGGAGGUAAGCAGCUGGGACGGGACACCAUCUUCAUUUAGGGGUAACAUCGUUACGAUUUGCUUUUCCUGUAUACAGGAAUAUAUCCUAGAUGAACAAUACAACUAUUGAUAAAGAGCAUAUCAAAAUUAAAUCUUCCUAAAUAGAGAACAAUUGAAUACAAUUCAAAGUCUUUUUAUGUGUGUAAUGUUAGUUUGGAAUUUGCUUAAAGCAUUCUUUCCAGUGACGUCCAUGUAUUUACUCAUUGAAUCCAAUUCCAAAUAUUCUAUGUAUAUGUUGUAAAAAAAAAACAUUAAACUGCAUUUUGUUUAUAGACCA